UCCUAUAAAUCCAACCCCACUCCUCCCCACACACCACUGAUGCGCUAACCCAGUGGUUCUCAACCUGUUUAUCAUUAUGGGCCGCAUGUGUUAUCUGGGCCACAGGUUAAGAACCACAAAGCACCCCCCCUCACCCUCCCCUACAGACCCCUAUGCCCAGCACCUCCAACCUAGAGACCCCUCCACAGCUUGAGGCCAGGAGCAGAGCCCUGGGCAGGGGAUCGGGCGGCAGGGACCCCGGAACCCAUUGUGUGGGGCCGAGCAGCAGCCCUGAUCCCAGACCCAGGGCAGCUCCGGACCCCCAACCCCUCUGGGCCGGCUGGCAGCCCCCAACUCCACCAGGCCGGCUGGCAGCCCAGCUGUGUGCUAAAUUGGGCAGCGGGUUGCGCUAACCGCUCCCCUCCCAGAGCCAAGGGCAGUCACAACUCCACCUGCCAGAUUCCAGGAAGUGGGUGGGGCUGAAAGAGCUCAGCCCUCUUGUAAGUUUCUGUUUCUCUUGUCAGCCAUGGCUGUUCACCUGGAGAAAGCUCUGGAAGAUGACCUGGCCUGUCCCAUCUGCUCAGAUUCCUUGGAAGAUCCUGUACUCUUGAACUGUGGGCACAAUUUCUGCCAGGCCUGCAUCACCCGGGUCUGGGAAGGACUGGAAGAAAACUUCUCCUGUCCCAAGUGUGGGAAGAGAUUCCAGGAGAGGCAUUUGCUCCCAAACCCCCUGCUGGGGAAGAUGGUGGAGAGAGCCAGGCAGCUGGGGUGGGGGGCAGAGGGCAGCAUGUGCCAGAGGCACCAGGAAAGGCUCAAGCUGUACUGCCAGGAGGAUCAGGCCCUGAUCUGCUUGGUGUGUGUCAGAUCCAAGGAGCACAGAGCUCACAGGGUGGUUCACAUUGAGGAGGCAGCCCAGGAGUACAAGGGCCAGUUUCAAAGGCAUCUGCAGAUUCUGAAAGAUGAGAGCUCCUGCCAGGAGGCCUUCACCAUUAGCGAAGGGAGGCGGCUGGAGACACUGCUGGCCCACACCAAGGCCGAGAAGCAGCGAGUGGUGUCUACCUUCCAGCGUCUGUAUUGGCUGCUGCAGGAAAAGGAGCGCCUCCUGCUGAAGGGGCUGGGCAACGUGGCCCAGGGUGUGAAGCAGCUGCAGCGGGAGAACAUCAGCCGCCUCCACCAGAGGGCAACACUGCUGCAUGGACUGGUAGUCGAGCUAGAGGGGAAGUGCCGGCUCCCAGCUGCUGUGCUCCUGAAGGACGCCGAAAGCACCUUGAACAAGUAUAAAAAGAUGAAGCUGCCCGAAUUGGCGUCUGCGCCCACGGCUGAACUGGAGGAGAGCAUCAGGCAUCACUCCCGCAAGAGGAGAGCUCUCCAGGAUGAGAUGUGGGAAAGCCGGGAGAUCCUGACCCUGGAUGCCGCUUCCGCUCACCCUGGCUUGGUGGUGUCCCCAGACCGGCACAGCGUGUGGCAUGGGAACAGCGGGGGCUGCCCGCCCAGUGACCACCGCAGAUUCUUCCCAGCCUCCUGCAUCCUGGGCUCUGAGGGCUUCUCCUCGGGCCGGCACCGCUGGGAGGUGGAGGUGGGGGACAAGGACGGCUGGGCAGUGGGAGUGGCGAGGGAGUCCGUGAGGAGGAGGGACCCCAUGGAGCUGCAGCCCCAGCACGGGGUGUGGGCUGUGGAGCUGGGAUGGUACCAGCUCCUUCCCCUGUCUCCAUGGCCACCAGCGGCAGCCCCGAGCCAAAGGCCCCACAGGAUCCAGGUUUGUCUGGACUACGAAGGGGGACGGGUGUCGUUCUAUGAUGCCGAGAACCUGACUCCACUGUUCACUUUCACAGCCUCCUUCACCGAGACGCUCUUCCCCUUCUUCUGGCUCUGGGCCCCCAGUGCCCGCAUCACACUGUGCCCCUGAGGGAGACAGAAAACCCACCCUGCCAGGACCACGGCCUGAUUGCUAGGUAACAAGGAUGCAUCCCGUACACCAGGCCCCACCAGUUAGGUUGCUAGGUGAUGGGGAUACAGCCUAUAAACCCAGCCCCACCAGUCACGUUGCUAGGCGAUGGACCAGGGACUCUUCAGAGCAUGGUUUUGUAUUCUUGCCCGUCCUGGCUCAUAGCCAUUGAUGGACCUAUCCUCCAUGAA